UGUAAUCCACACAACCCCAAAACUGAUGAUACCGCUUCAUCUUACCAAGCACUGAGCAGUUAAGUAAUUUGCUCCAGGGAUUAAGGGGCCGAGCUGGGGUUUGAAGCAGGCAGCCUGGUUUCCCAUAAAUGAACCAAGAACUGGAAGGAGGACAAGACCGCCGAGAAAGAGUCAGGCAGGGUGUGAUCUGUGCGCUUUACAUAUAAGAUCAUCCGGCUCCCAGGGAGCCCGUUUCAUAGAGCGGGAGAAAGAGGCGAGGAGGGACAUGGAGCUUCGGGAGCCGCGGUGAGAAAGCGGUGCUCUUUGGGGUCCGAGAGCAGGGGCGUGGCCUGGAUGCAUGGGGGCGCGGGCGCGCGGGCGCCCAGGGCUGCACGUCCUCAAGGCAAACUACAACUCCCAGGACACACCGGGCGCUGCCCCGAGUGACGUCACGGCGGCGGAGGGCGCAGGCGACUGGGCCCCCGGCGAGUGGACUGUUCGAGCCCUUCCGCUCGGACCCGGGCCCUGGCUCCAGCCCCACGGGCCUGCACUCGGGAUCCGGUCCCGCUCAACGUCAGCCACUGACACACACCACGUGGAGAUGGCACGGGAGCGCUCCAAGACCGUCACCUCCUUUUACAACCAGUCGGCCAUCGAUGCAGCAGCAGAGAAGCCCUCAGUCCGCCUCACUCCCACCAUGAUGCUCUAUUCCGGCCGCUCUCAGGAUGGCAGCCACCUUCUGAAAAGUGCUCGGUACCUGCAGCAAGAACUUCCAGUGAGGAUCGCUCACCGCAUCAAGGGUUUCCGCUGCCUUCCUUUCAUCAUUGGCUGCAACCCCACAAUACUACAUGUGAUCAAGGACCAGGCGGAAGAGGCUCAGUACUGCCAGCUGGUGCGACAGCUGCUGGAUGACCACAAGGAUGUGGUGACCCUCUUGGCAGAGGGCCUGCGUGAGAGCCGGAAGCACAUACAGGAUGAAAAGCUUGUCCGCUACUUCUUGGACAAGACGCUGACUUCGAGGCUUGGAAUCCGCAUGUUGGCCACACAUCACCUGGCGCUGCACGAGGACAAGCCUGACUUUGUUGGCAUCAUCUGUACUCGUCUCUCACCAAAGAAGAUUAUUGAGAAGUGGGUGGACUUUGCCAGACGCCUGUGUGAGCACAAGUAUGGCAAUGCGCCCCGUGUCCGCAUCAAUGGCCACGUGGCCGCCCGUUUCCCCUUCAUCCCUAUGCCACUGGACUAUAUCCUGCCAGAGCUGCUCAAGAAUGCCAUGAGAGCCACAAUGGAGAGUCACCUAGACACUCCCUACAAUGUUCCAGAUGUGGUCAUCACCAUCGCCAACAAUGAUGUUGAUCUGAUCAUCAGGAUCUCAGACCGUGGUGGAGGAAUUGCUCACAAAGACCUGGACCGGGUCAUGGACUACCACUUCACCACAGCCGAGGCCAGCACACAGGAUCCCCGGAUCAGCCCCCUCUUUGGUCAUCUGGACAUGCACAGUGGUGCCCAGUCAGGACCCAUGCACGGCUUUGGCUUCGGGUUGCCCACGUCACGGGCCUACGCGGAGUACCUCGGUGGGUCCCUGCAGCUGCAGUCCCUGCAGGGCAUUGGCACGGACGUCUACCUGCGGCUCCGCCACAUUGAUGGCCGGGAGGAAAGCUUCCGAAUCUGACUCCACAGCCUUUGGCCUGCUCGCCUGCCCAGCCUGGGCCGCAUUUCCUGCAGUACCUCCUGAGUCAGGCAGGGCGGCUCCCCUGCUCCACACACUGCUGCAUCUUGGGUCUCAGGGCCCCAGACAGAUGGACUUACAUGGAGCUGGGCACCGCCCCACCUCGAUAGGGUCCACUGCCUCCUCGCCUCCAGGCCUUGGAUAGUGGAAGUGGGCACCCCGAGGCCUCCAGCACCAGCUCCCUCAUUCUUGUUCCUGGGGAACCCCUACUCUGACCUGUUGUUAUUAAAGUUCACAUUUUGAAUGCC